UCAUAGCAGAUUGGCUGGCCGGCUGGGAGUCUUCAUUUUAAUCACUACUCCUACAAACCCUUUUCUUUACAUCUCAAUCUCUGCAGCAAAAACAUUAAAACUCAAAAUAUUUUUUUACUAUCUUUCACCCAACUACCCAAAACAAUUUUACCUUUGACAGAAUUAUUUAAUCUUUUUAUUUUCUUCUCUUUCAUAAAAAAAAAAAAAAAAACCAACCCCAUAUUAUUAGACUUUCAAGAUUAAAGAAAAAAAAAGGUCAAGAUUCUGAAGAAAGAUAGGAGCAGCAGCAGUAGUAGUGGCUGUGUGGGAUUCUUUACAAAACUGUGGUUCUAUGGUGUUGAGAUUUCGGGAUGUGGAUGAUUUUCACUUGCUUUGAGCUGAAAGCUAGAUAAUUAGUUUUUUUUUAUAAGGAGGUAGAUUGAAUUUUGGAAGUUUGGGCAAGAUGAAGUUCAUGAAACUUGGAUCGAAACCUGAUUCGUUUCAGACUGAUGACAACAAUGUUUGGUAUGUGGCCUCAGAAUUGGCAACAGAUAUCAUAAUCAAUGUAGGAGAUGCUAAGUUCUAUCUUCACAAGUUUCCAUUGUUGUCAAAGAGUGCUCGCUUACAAAAAUUAGUAGCAAGCACAAAUGAAGGGACCGGUAACGGGGAUGAAAUUGACAUUCAUGAUAUUCCUGGUGGUCCUACAGCUUUCGAGACAUGUGCCAAGUUCUGUUAUGGUAUGACCGUAACCUUGAACGCUUACAAUGUUGUUAAUGCUCGAUGUGCAGCCGAUUACCUCGAGAUGCAUGAAACAAUGGAGAAAGGAAAUCUGAUUUACAAAAUAGAUGUGUUUCUAAACUCCAGCAUUUUCAGAAGCUGGAAAGAUUCAAUCAUAGUACUCCAAACCACCAAAACGGCUAUGAUGUUGUCUGAGGAGUCGAAGUUAGUGAGUCAUUGCGUUGACUCGAUAGCUUCAAAGGUAGCGGUUGAUGUUUCAAAGGUUGACUGGUCUUAUACUUACAACCGUAAGAAGCUUCCGGAAGAAAACAAUAACCACAUGUUAAACGGGGGUCUUAGAAGCAUAACUGUGCCAUCAGAUUGGUGGGUUGAGGACCUGGCUGAACUUGAGUUAGAUUUAUACAAACGGGUUCUUGUGAAUAUUAAAAACAAGGGUUUAGUGCACGAUGAAGUGAUUGGAGAAGCUUUAAAAGCUUUUGCUAAUAGGAGAUUACCUGGAUUUAACAAAGGUGUGGUAGCGAAUGGCGAUAUGCUGAAAACUAGAUCGAUAGUUGACACAAUCAUAUGGCUUUUGCCAUCCGAGAAAGGUAGUGUUUCUUGUAGUUUCUUGCUAAAAUUGUUAAAGAUGGCAAUUUUGGUUGACUCGGGAGAAAUGGGGAAGAUAGAAUUAGUCAAAAAGAUAGGUCAACAACUUGAGGAGGCUUCCGUUCAUGAUCUUUUAAUUAGAGCUAAAGAAGGUGAACCAACCAUUUAUGACGUGAAAAUGGUUCAAAAAGCAGUUGAAGCGUUUAUGGUUCGUGAUCAAGAUCGAAAUGGUGAGUUUGAAGGGGAGGGAAAGGAGAUUCAAGAAGUGAGGAGGUCAACUGGUGGGAUUUUAUCAGAAGCCUCAAAAUUGAUGGUAGCGAAACUUGUUGAUUCAUAUCUUGCUGAGAUUGCGAAAGACCCGAAUCUACCUUUAUCGAUGUUCUUUGAUCUUGCCGAGAAGGUUUCCGGUUUUUCAAGGCCGGCCCACGAUGGGAUAUAUCGGGCCAUCGAUAUGUACCUCAAGGCACACCCUGGGAUUAGCAAAAGCGAGAGGAAGAAGAUAUGCAGGCUGAUGGACUGCAAGAAGCUUUCAGUUGAGGCUUGCAUGCACGCAGUUCAAAAUGAGAGACUCCCGUUACGUGUAGUAGUUCAAGUCCUCUUCUUUGAACAGGUCCGAGCCGCAGCUACAUCAGGCAGUAGCACACCUGACCUGCCUAAAGCAAUCAAGGACCUCAAUAGUGUCUCCCAUGGCAGCUCAAGGUCUACCACAACCAACACAGAAGAAGAUUGGGAUGCAGUUGCUUCAGCUGAAGAACUCAGGGCUUUAAGGGGUGAGUUAGCGUCCUUGAGACUGGAACGCAAUGGUGUUCAUGCAAAGAGUCCACUAGCUGACAGGGGUCCAGUUCAUAAAGUCAAAGGUCUACUCGCCACAAAGAGAAUCUUUACAAAAAUAUGGUCAAGCAAAGGUGGGAAUGGGGAUAACAGUGGUUCAGAUUCAUCAGGAAGUCUUGGUUCUGGUAACUGUGAUGAUGUGAAAAUGGCAGCAUCAACCCCUUCAAGAAAAGGGCGACAUUCAGUAUCAUAAGAGACGUAAAGGUCUGAUUUUUUACCAUCUUUUUGUUAAUUGGAUUAUGUUAAAAAAAAAAAAAAACCUAGAUGGGUAUGUGUUCUUAGCUUAGGUUAUGAUCAUAAGUGUAGUAUUAUUUUCUGAAAAUUAUGGAUCUCUUUAUAUUAGGGUCAAGUUUAGGAAUAUUGGGGAAGAAGAAAGAACCCUAGAAGUUGAUGAAAUCUAACAAAAAGUCAAGUUUAAUAUUGUAAUGUAUCAACUUAUAAGUGCUCUUUAUGAUCGUUAAUUUGUGCUUAAAUAUAACAUAGUAGCCCGUAUUGGUGCGUAUGUUUGUUGAUAA